CCAACAGAGAUUCUUCUUGGGCUCUGUCCAGUCUCGCACGCCAUUAAUGCCCCUUUCUCUUAAGCACGAGCCCUAACCCUACCUCUUACCCACCCGCAGAUCCACCACUAGAGCAUUUUCUGGAAUUGGGGCUUUCGUACCAUGGAAGAAGAACACUGUGAGCUUUGAAAGGGGACUUACCCCUAGGCUGCCAGAUCUUUGCGCUGGCGAUGCCGUCUCCGGCCUCCACCUUCGUCGUCGUCGUCGUCUUUCUCUUCGUCGUCUCCUUGUCCGAUAGAAAUUGCGAAGCGGCUGACAAGGACCACGAUUUCUGCUUCUCUUUUGAUGGAUUGGAGAAAAAUCGGAGCUUUGACUCCGAUUUCGCCCUCUACGGGGACGCCGAGAUGAGUGGCUCCGCGGUCAGGAUCGCGCAGCCGGCGUACUCGAGCUCAGGGCGGAUCGCGUACAGGAAAGCCAUCAGAUUCUUGGGGACCAAGCCUGGGUUUUCCUCCUCCUUCUCUUUCUCCAUCUCCCGGGGCGACGGUGGUGCCCUAGCCUUCUUCUUGUCACCGAGCGGUCUUCCUCUGGUGUCAGCAGAAAGGGAUCGGCUUGGGCGCUCGACCGGUGAUGUUGCAGUGAGGUUUGGGAGGUUCAACGUCGAGAAACUUGGUGAGUUAGGUGGAAGCUUCAUCGAAAUCGAUGUCGAGGGAGAAACAUUGACGAGGAGCAUCGACCUUACUGAAGUUGGUCUGAUUCUGAACAGCGGAGAGAAGCUGCGUUCUUGGAUUGACUACGACGGCGAAUCGAAGAGGAUAGAGGUGAGGCUGAGCCAAGCCAGGGAUCCAAGGCCGAGGAACUCUUCCAUCUCUUACUCGAUCGAUCUGUCUAAUGUUCUGUGGCGGGAGGCAGUGUUUGUGGGCAUCAGCUUUUCCAGUGGGAAUUCAACUCACACCAGCAGUAUAUACUCGUGGAAUUUUGCAGUGAAGCACGGAGCUCCGUAUCUGAUGCACUCGGAGCCUCUGAAUCCCGAUUCAUUCCUUGUGCGGUCCACCGAGAGCCCUUCUGUCCAUCUAAGGAAGGCCUCUCCUUGGGGGGUUUUCAUGGCGAUGGUGUUUGCUGCUGCUUGCGGUGCAAUGCUGGCGUUGUUCGUGAUGCUCGUGUGGGCUGUGCUCGCCGCUCGGCGUCCGGUGGCUCCCGUAGAGUCUCCUGUGGGUGUUGCAUAUGGAAAGAUCGUAUCGGCUGGAGAUACGUGUCUCGACAACGUUAAGUAAGAAUUAGGCAUUUGGAAGGUAAGAAUGUCUUCUGGCUUGUGUACAUUUGUGCUUCUAUGGUAUGAUGAACUUUCCAUGUUGGUCUGUUUGAUGGAAACUGUAGCUUUUGUAGCAAACUUCAUCGAAUGCUAUGAUCUCCAUCAAGAAAUUAACUGUUGCAUUUGCACUCUGUUUAUCCCUGUAAUAGAAGUCAGCUGUUUCGUGCAA